GGACUAGUAUCGAUGAGGAGAGAGAUAAACGAUUUCUGUGACGGGGGGGGGGGGAAUAAUUGUACAAAAUAAAUAAUUAAGUUCCAGUUAAAUGUCAACUGGACAAUCCCAGCCGCCCGGGAUCCGCCCUCCCCUGGAUUUAUGAGCUGGCGGGAGAUGCAGGUGGGUGACGAGGCUUGCGCUCAGCUCGAGGAUGAGCUGCUCUUCUGUGAAGAAUGCCGGCUCUACUUCCGGGACUCGUGCCCACACCACGGAGCGCCCACGUUCGUGCCGGACAGGAUGGUCCUGGUGUGCGAGCCGUCCCGAGCCCUGCGUACACUGCCCGAGGGGCUGGCGGUCAAGGAGCGGCCGCAGGGCGGUCUCGGCGUCUGGUGCACGGUCACUGUCGUCCCGCGUGGCUGCAUUUUCGGCCCGUUCGAUGGAGACGUGCUGACAGACAGGAACGACUGCACGGUGUACUCCUGGGCGUUACGAGAAAAUGGAUCCUAUUAUUACAUGGACGCUUCCGAUGAGACAAAAGCCAACUGGAUGAGAUACGUGGCCUGUGCGUCUAGUGAAGAGGAACAUAAUAUGACGGUGUUCCAGUAUCGUGGCAAAAUCUACUACCGUGCCUGCCAGACCAUCGCCGCUGGCAAUGAGCUCCUGGUGUGGAUCGGUGAGGAAUACGCCAGGACCUUGGGGCUGAAGUUGGGUGAACAUUUUAAGUAUGAGUUUGGAGAGAAAGAGCUGCUUAUGAAGUUGUUUCAGGACCUCCAAACCAAGGUUCCCAAAGAGAUGUCAAGCCACAAGAAAGCCCAAGGGCAGCGUAACUGCAGGGACUUUGUGGCCUCCAUCAUCCAAACCCACGAGAGCAGCCUGAGGCGAGAGGUCCCUGGCGGAGCUCUGCGGGAGGGCACGCGGAACAACCUGGUCAGCCUGGGCCGAGCGCAGAGCCGUUACUGGACCUUCUUCGGUUUCCAGGGAGACACCUUGGGCCGCAUCUUGGACAAGACCAAGAUCAUCUGCAAGCUGUGCGGGGUGAGGUUGUCAUACAGUGGCAACACCACCAACUUGAGGCAGCACCUGAUCUACAAGCACAGGCAAGAGUACAACCAGCUGGUGGGUGUGACGCCCGCAACGCAGAAGGAGACCCAGGACCACCCGGCCAGGACCCCCAUGGUGAUGACCACCCCUGUCGGGAGAACCACCAGGGCCAUCUCAGAUUUCAUUGUGACCGACCUUCUGCCGCUGAGGACCAUCGAGGGGGAGGGUUUUGUCCAGAUGAUGAGCGUGUUGGAGCCCACCUACAAGAUCCCCACCGUGGCCUUCUUUGCCCAGACAGUGCUCCGGGACAUGUACGCCCAGGCCAAGCUGAGGGUGAUGGACUCCAUGAAGUCGCAGAGGCACUGCACAGUCAGCAUUGACCUGUGGAAGCACGAGCAGUCUCGCUCCUACGUCACGGUCAGUGCCCACCAGGUGGACAGCGCCUUUGACCUCAGGAACUACGUGCUGUCCACCCGCGCGGUGGGCGAGGAGGGCGCGGCGGAGAAGGUCCGUGCGGCGCUGCUGGAUGUGGCCAACGAGUGGAGCAUCGGGGAGCGCACCUGGCUCUCCGUCAUGGCCAGCAACGUGGACGUCAGGAUGGCGGUCACCAAACUGGGCUGGAAGACCCUGCCGUGUAUCGGGCACGCUCUGCAGAACUGCGUGGACUCGGCGCUCCAGCAACCACCCAUCCUGCGCACGCUGGCCCGCUGCAAGAGGCUGAUGGAGAACGUGUCCUCCUUCCCGGCUCUGAGCGACAAGGUGGGCUCCAGCGAGGUCCUCCACAAGUUCCAGUCCAAGACGUUUCCCGCGGGCAGUGUGAAGUGGUUCAGCACCUACGAUCUGCUGCAGAACCUUCAGGACCAUCGUUCAUUCCUGGAUGGUGUGAGCCAAGAGCUCCAGGGUGAGGGGUUGGGUCUGAGAGACGAGGACUGGCAGGUGGUCCAGGAGAUCACGGGCAUCCUGAAGCCCCUGGCCAUCGCCACGUCCACCUUGACCAAGGAACGUUUCUCCAGCCUGUCGCUGGUGAAGCCGGUGGUGACCAGCCUGAUCUACAAGCACCUGGCCACUAACGAGGGCGACUCGGAACUGGCCCACGACAUCAAGCAGGCCAUCCGCACCGACCUUGACCAGUGGUACGCUGACCGCGAGGUCAACCGCGUGCUCAACCUGGCCUGCGCUCUGGACCCGCGCUUCCGCGGCUUGGACUUCCUCAGUCAGGUAGAGAAGGUGGAGACCUUCCAUGCCCUGAGGCAGGAGACCGCUCAGCUGGCCAGACUCCAGCCGCAACCGGGUGACCCCGAGAUGUCCAGCUGCGGCCCCGAGCCGGCCAAGAGGCCCCGGCCGGACUCUGGCAUCGAGUUCCUGCUGGGCGACCUGUGCAAUGUGAGGAGCGCCUCGGUCAACUCGGUCAACCAGCAAGCGGAGCAGGAGAUCAGCGGCUUCCAGACCAGCGAAGCGGCCGCACUCUGCCAGGACCCCCUGCAGUGGUGGAAGGCCCACCACACCCAGUACCCGCUCCUCGCCACUGCCGCGCGCAAGCUGCUGGCCGUGCCCGCCACCGCCGUGCCCGGCACGUGGAUCUUCACCCAAGCCGGCCAGGACGUCUACGGCAAGCGCUCAGACCUGGCGCCGGAACACGUGGACAUGCUGGUGUUUAUGCACGGAAACCACACAUCAGCUUAAUCCACAGACAGAGGUGCGGAGAGAGAGAGAGUGAGAGGGAGAGAGAGGGUGAGAGAUGUCUCGCAUUCCACGCUUCUUCUCCAGGCGAUGGGAAGAUGCUCUGCUGGUGGCGUUCGUUGUCCGGGUGGGCUGAGACCACGUGUUGGAUGUCCCGGCUGCCACAUGAUGCCAAGACCAGGGACCAGCUUGCUGCAUGUCCGUUGCCGCUGCAGUGGCACCCUAUCUGCAUCCAAUCAAUGCAUCCCGCCAGCAUGCAUUGGUCCCGCCAAGUACUGCAUGCCGUUCUGCAUUUGGGAAGUAAACCAAAAAUGUCACAUACGUGACCAGACGUCAUCGCAU